GUGUCAUGUGAUUAACUUAGUAAGCCGAGCGCUAGCGAGGCCUUCAGUAAGUUGUAUCGUAUAUUCGUAACGUUAGUUGGAAAUUGGAAUCUUCCAGUUUUAUGUGUAGAUUAAGACAACUGUCCUUGUUGGUUAAGGACUUCCAAGCCUCUUUUCGUCACACGAAGAAUAUUUCGAUUUAAAAGGAGACAAAGAAAUCACAAAGAAGAGAAGAAUGAGUGGAAAUACAGGAAUGGCGUUGUAUUCUUCACGUCUGUUAUUACUGUGGCAACUAGUAGCUCAUGUCUGUGUUUUCCCAGGCAGUGUGCAGGCAGAGACCUGCAAGUUGGCCUCCUACUACAGCAAUUACAUGGUUCUUCAGCAGCAGCCACACAAUGCUGUGGUAUGGGGCUACUCUGACAUCAUGGCUACCAUUGAGGUCAAAGUUGGUGACAAGAUGUACAAAGCUUCAAUCGAAACUCAGUUUCCCAGUCGAGUUGGAGUCUGGAAAGUCAAGCUUGACCCCAUGCCAGCUGGAGGACCUUACGACAUUGUGGUCUUCUGUGAAGACUGGAGGGCAGUCAACACUGUUGUUCUGAAAGACGUCAUGUUCGGGGAUGUCUGGAUUUGUAGUGGUCAAAGCAACAUGGCGUUUACUGUAGACCAGAGUUUCAAUGGAUCUAAAGAGUUAAACGAAUCCAUCAACUAUCCCGACAUCCGACUGCUUGCUGUCAAGCAAGUCUUGUCGGAAACACCUUACAAUGACUUGCAUGGAUUGUAUGAGCCAUGGUCCAAGCCAUCUCCAGAAACCUUGGGCAGCAAGGCUGCGACUUUCACAUACUUCUCUGCAUUGUGCUGGUUCUUUGGCCGUGACUUGUAUGAUACUCUGCAGUAUCCAAUUGGGCUGAUCUCGACCAAUUGGGGAGGCACCCCAAUUGAAGCCUGGUCAUCCCCCGAUGUACUGAAAACGUGUGGCACAAGAAACAGGUCAGUAUCUAAGACAAAUGACAGACUCACCGGCCCAGUUAAAGGUCCUUCCAUGCCAAGCAGUUUAUGGAAUUCCAUGAUCCAUCCUUUGCUUAAUUUCACCAUCAAGGGAGCCAUUUGGUACCAAGGUGAAUCGAACACCAUGGAUCCAGAUCCCUACAAAUGUUUGUUCAAGACCAUGAUCAACGACUGGCGUGAGAAGUGGCACCAGGGCACAGAGGGCAGCACAGAUCUCCACUUCCCAUUUGGAUUCAUGCAGCUGUGUACCUCCAACUCCCCUUCCUCGGAGAUCAUUGGUCCGUUCCCGACACUGAGAUGGCACCAGACUUAUGACUACGGCUACGUACCUAAUGACGUCAUGCAAAAUGUCUUCAUGGGUGUCGGUAUCGAUCUACCCGAUGUCAAGUCUCCAUACGGACCGAUUCAUCCCCGUGACAAGCAGGACAUGGGAACCAGGCUAUCACUGGCUGGCCGUGCCAUUGCCUAUGGCCAGAAUGUCUCCUAUGCUGGGCCAUACCCUACCUCCUUUACCGUGAACACGACAACACUGACCUUAGUCAUCGAGUACAGUGGAGGGAAAGCUAACAUUAGGUUGGUUGGGAAGACGGGAUUCGAGGUCUGCUGUGGAGGGUCUCCCCCAUGCACGUACUACGACACAUGGGUACCAGCUAAGAUCACCGGGCAGCCAACCACCUCAUCCAUUAGUUUAUCUUACUACUGCUACAACAGAGACGCCACGGCUGUUCGCUACUUGUGGAGAGACAUGCCUUGUGCCUUCAAGGACUGCCCAGUGUACAGUGUGGAGAACAACCUGCCCGGACCGCCGUUCAUAUUGAAUUUGUAAAUUGGCCACCAUCGAAUACCUAAAUAAUCCUGUGUCUUUCAGAAUCUAACAAGAUUGAUUUUCUGUCUUGUUUGACUCGAUCGGCUCGAAGAUGUCCCAAGAAAAAUGUGAUGACUGCACAGGUGUUGGUUCUUGGUAGAUUCUGAUAGAUAUUGGGAGAAAUUUACCGCAAGAAAACUGCUCGGAAUGGGUUUUGAAGAGUUCAAUUUAUGGAGUAACUUAGCAACUACUCAAGACUGAUUAGAUUAGGGGCAGGAAUUAGGUACAGAAAUCACCAGCAAGAAACAAAUUUUUGAGCAAUGGAUUUAAUCUACCUACAUGUAUAUUAAUGGAGUCUGGGUUCGCAAUUAAAAGUUUUACAUUAAUUUUUUAAUGGUAUGUAUAAUACAUGGUCGCAUUUCUGGAAAGGCUGCUUUUUGGGUGUGAUCAGAAAUAUAGAUGUCAAAAGCACCUACCCUGAUAACUGAAAUUAUACUUCUUGCUGGACAAGACGAUGGCACAGUCUUUAUAUCAGUUCUGUUCAUCCUGCAAACCCUGAAAAGGGACUCAAGAUUUCAAACAUUGUUAAAGAGCAACUCUGAGGAAAACAUGUUUUCUCUGAUUUUUAUCUGUUCAAGUAAAUUGGAAACAUCCAAACUGAAUGCACUGUCGUUUAUUUUCAUAGCUUAACAAGCAAAAAAGGGCUUUUUCUCCUGUUCAUGCCAAGAUGCAACUUCUGAGCAUGCUGGAUGUAGAUUGCGUCAUUCAGAGAAAACUGAGAAAAUGAGGGAAACCCUUGCCCUGUGUUCAUAGUGGAUAAACCCUAGGCCGUUGUUUGGCGUGCACAAGAGAAUUAUCCACUACGAACACAAGGUGAGGGUUCCCCUCGUUUUAUAUGUUUUCUCAGAAUGAGGCAAUCUACAUUCAGAA